UUAGUUCUCUCUCGUAAAAAAAAAAAUCUCCCUCUCCCUCUUUCUCUAUCGUUCUUGCUUUUCCGUUGCGUUAGGAAAAGAUUAAUCGAAGCAUGGCGAAGUCGGCGGCUGAUUCACGCAGCAAUAGGGCAGCGGUUCAAGCCACCAACGACGACGCUUCAGCCGGGUCAUGUGUUAAAAAGGGAUACAUGAAAGAUGACUACAUCCAUUUGUUUGUUAGGAGGCCUGUGAGGAGAUCUCCUAUAAUUAACCGUGGUUACUUUGCACGUUGGGCUGCUCUGAGGAGGUUUCUAUAUCAGUUUCUCGAUUGCAAAGGAUGUAAUAGUGAAAAGAAGCAGAUAUUAUCACUUGGUGCUGGAUUUGAUACGACAUUUUUUCAGUUGCAGGAUGAGGGAAAAGCACCAUAUCUAUAUGUGGAACUUGGUUAUGAAGAGGUAACUAGUAAAAAGGCUUCCCUUAUUGAAUCCUGCAGUCAGUUGAGGAACAAAAUUGGUGCAACAGCAUCAAUCUCACGAGAGAAUGGAGAAGUGCUCAGUGAUCACUACAAGCCACUUCCAGUUGAUUUGUGCAACAUAAAAAAGUUGGAUGAUAUCAUAUCUCUGGCAAAUAUGGAUCCAGGUCUGCCAACAUUUAUAAUUGCAGAAUGCGUUUUAAUAUACCAGGAUCCAGAUUCAAGCCGUGCUAUUGUUGGUUGGGCAUCGAAAACAUUUUCAACAGCAAUAUUUUUCUUGUAUGAGCAGAUUCAUCUAGAUGAUGCUUUUGGGCAGCAAAUGAUAAGAAAUUUGGAGAGUCAAGGCUGUCUACUUUUAGGUAUUUAUGCUACGCCAACUUUGCUUGCAAAGGAAAAACUAUUUCUUGAUCAAGGAUGGCAGAAAAUUGUUGCCUGGGACAUGCUGAGAGUUUAUAGUAAAUUUGUUGAUGCCCACGAAAGAUGCAGAAUUGAGCGGCUGGAAUUGUUUGAUGAAUUUGAAGAAUGGCAUAUGAUGCAGGAGCACUAUUGUGUUGCUUAUGCAAUCAAUGAUGUCAUGAUAUGUCCAUAUUUUUCUUUGGGGUUGUAUGGGAAAUUUGGGUUUCCUGAUGACCGGACACAUGCGUCCAACACCUCUUCAGCUGCAUCUCCAUGAGAAAAUGAGGCUGCUCCUCAUUGUAGUACUCUCGCCAACUUUGGAUAAACAAUGUAGAAGCAGAGAAGCAUGUAUGACUGCCACGUGCCUGUUGUGCAAGCAAGGGUUCUGUUAGGUAAAAAGGCCUCUCCAACUAGUUAGCUUUUAUAAGUCUUAAAAAAGUUUUAUGACUUGCCGUAGCCUAGCCGUAUGGGUGCGUCUCCACGUUUUUUGUUUUGUUUGACUCGACAAAAAGAGAUCCUUUCUUUCUUCUGGUAGCUGUUUGGCAAUGAAAACGUGGUGGGACCCAAACAGCACCAAGUGUCUCUCAACCCCCUUGGUUCGUGGGGUCAGAAUCAUGUGGAGAUACAUAUUCCUUGGUUGGUUGCUUUUGCUUCUCAAUUUGUUCUCUUAAUAUCCGUCUCAACUCUCUUUAAUCGUUUAUAUAUUUAUAUCAUCCUGUUUGCCUUUUUUUUUUUUUUUUCUCUAUUUCCUGUUUUCUGGAAUGCUCAUGACCAAAACGCCAUUUAGGAAUGUUAGUUUUUGAAAAAUUAAUGUGACAUUACAAGCAUCAUUGACUAUUCUAAGAAAUGAAAGCUGAUUUGUUAGGGUUGGGGCCUAGUUUGAGUUUAGAAGUUCACGCCUCCUUUGGCUGGGGUAUUCGUCCAGUUGAAAUGACGUGAUUCCGUUUCUAUUUUGUUUGAUAGGCUCAAGUCACAUUGGUGCGGUGGUUAGGAAACUGGGUGACCCGAGUUCUAAUUAGAGUCUCAAAAUCUCCUGAUUAAAGAUUAAUCACGUAUCUAUUAGUUCUUUGUCUGAUAAAGCAUAUAGUGUAUGCAAAAAUGAUUGAUUAUGGGUCGAGCAAUUGGAAGAUUUUUGUUGAUGUAAAUCAGGCGUGGCCACGAAAUCAAAAGAGAAUGUGAAAGUAAGAAAAUCAAAAACGAAAAAAAAAAGAAGAUUAGAUAAUCCAAUCUAGAAAAAUGUAACCCCUUUUUGGUCCACAUUUUUUUACCUUUUGGGGAAGAGAACAGUUCAUCAUUUUCUUUGGAUUGCCGCCUACUAUUGCUUGUUUCCUUCGACUCUUUAGAACCUGCUUGAGUUCUUGGACGCUUGCAGCACCCAAAGCUGGGGGAAAUUGUAGUACUAUAUUAAUAUAUUUGUUUGCAGCUUUAGUGAUCCUUUGUUUACAGUUUAGAGCAGGAGGCUUUGUCUCUGCUGUACUCAUAAACUGCUUCUAAAUUUUGAAAAAUCUUUUAAGACACUUGAAGUUUGUUAUUUAACUGCAUUACUUUUUUUUAUUUUUCAUACUGCUCUUUAUAGUGUAGGGGGUAUCAUUUCUUCAUCAAAAGAGUUUAGGGUGGCGCUCGAUGUUGUUUGGAUUAGUUUCCAAGAGGUUAAAGUUUGGGUAGUUAUGGUUUCCUGUUAUGGCUGCAACAUCAUUUUCACACUUUAUGUCAAUUUUUAACUUCUUAAAUAUUUUAUUGUAAAAACUAUCGAGGAAAAGAUUAUCAUCCUGCUUGUCGAUUUGAAUGAGAUUACGAACCCUAAAAAUUUUGUAGUUUCGAUUAUCACAUAUGUUGGUAAAACUUGAAUAUUUUCUAAGAUUUAAGCUUG